AGGGGGUUCCCAUGGCGCCUGCGAGGCCUCUGCUCGGGCCGCUCCCGGAACCUGCGCUUCAGGGGGCCUGGUCCGCCGCCCCCAGCAGGAGCAAAACAAGAGCACGCGCACCUGCCGGCCCGCCAGCCCCCUUGGUGCCGGCCAAUCGCGCGCGCGGGGCGGGGCGGGGCCGGGCGCGCUGGAACCAGAGCCCGAGCCGGAUCCCAGCCGGAGCCCGAGCGCAGCCCGCACCUCGCGCAGCGGCCGAGCCGGGAACCAGCGCAGCCUCGGCCUCGCAGCUCAAACCUUGUCCGCGCCGCCGCCGCCGCCGCCCCCGGGGCAUGGCCUGUCUGAUGGCCGCUUUCUCGGUCGGCACCGCCAUGAAUGCCAGCAGUUACUCCGCAGAGAUGACGGAGCCCAAGUCGGUGUGUGUCUCGGUGGAUGAGGUCGUGUCCAGCAACAUGGAGGCCACUGAGACGGACCUGCUGAAUGGGCAUCUGAAAAAAGUAGAUAAUAACCUCACGGAAGCCCAGCGCUUCUCCUCCUUGCCUCGGAGGGCAGCUGUGAACAUUGAAUUCAGGGACCUUUCCUACUCGGUUCCUGAAGGACCCUGGUGGAGGAAGAAAGGAUACAAGACCCUUCUGAAAGGAAUUUCCGGGAAGUUCAGUAGUGGUGAGCUGGUGGCCAUUAUGGGUCCUUCCGGGGCCGGGAAGUCCACACUGAUGAACAUCCUGGCUGGAUACAGGGAGACGGGCAUGAAGGGGGCCGUCCUCAUCAACGGCCUGCCCCGGGACCUGCGCUGCUUCCGGAAGGUGUCCUGCUACAUCAUGCAGGACGACAUGCUGCUGCCGCACCUCACUGUGCAGGAGGCCAUGAUGGUGUCGGCACAUCUGAAGCUUCAGGAGAAGGAUGAAGGCAGAAGGGAGAUGGUCAAGGAGAUACUGACAGCGCUGGGCUUGCUGUCUUGCGCCAACACGCGGACCGGGAGCCUGUCAGGUGGUCAGCGCAAGCGCUUGGCCAUCGCGCUGGAGCUGGUGAACAACCCUCCCGUCAUGUUCUUCGAUGAGCCCACCAGCGGCCUGGACAGCGCCUCCUGCUUCCAGGUGGUCUCGCUGAUGAAAGGGCUCGCUCAAGGGGGUCGCUCCAUCAUUUGCACCAUCCACCAGCCCAGCGCCAAACUCUUCGAGCUGUUCGACCAGCUUUAUGUCCUGAGUCAAGGACAAUGUGUGUACCGGGGAAAAGUCUGCAAUCUUGUGCCAUAUUUGAGGGAUUUGGGUCUGAACUGCCCAACCUACCACAACCCAGCAGAUUUUGUCAUGGAGGUUGCAUCCGGCGAGUACGGUGAUCAGAACAGUCGGCUGGUGAGAGCGGUUCGGGAGGGCAUGUGUGACUCCGACCACAAGAGAGACCUCGGGGGUGAUGCCGAGGUGAACCCUUUUCUUUGGCACCGGCCCUCUGAAGAGGUAAAGCAGACAAAACGAUUAAAGGGGUUGAGAAAGGACUCCUCGUCCAUGGAAGGCUGCCACAGCUUCUCUGCCAGCUGCCUCACGCAGUUCUGCAUCCUCUUCAAGAGGACCUUCCUGAGCAUCAUGAGAGACUCGGUCCUGACACACCUGCGCAUCACCUCGCACAUUGGGAUCGGCCUCCUCAUUGGCCUGCUGUACUUGGGGAUCGGGAACGAAGCCAAGAAGGUCUUGAGCAACUCCGGCUUCCUCUUCUUCUCCAUGCUGUUCCUCAUGUUCGCGGCCCUCAUGCCCACUGUUCUGACAUUUCCCCUGGAGAUGGGAGUCUUUCUUCGGGAACACCUGAACUACUGGUACAGCCUGAAGGCCUACUACCUAGCCAAGACCAUGGCGGACGUGCCCUUUCAGAUCAUGUUCCCAGUGGCCUACUGCAGCAUCGUGUACUGGAUGACGUCGCAGCCGUCCGACGCCGUGCGCUUUGUGCUGUUUGCCGCGCUGGGCACCAUGACCUCCCUGGUGGCACAGUCCUUGGGCCUGCUGAUCGGAGCCGCCUCCACAUCCCUCCAGGUAGCCACCUUCGUGGGUCCGGUGACGGCCAUCCCGGUGCUCCUGUUCUCGGGGUUCUUCGUCAGCUUCGACACCAUCCCCACGUACCUACAGUGGAUGUCCUACAUCUCCUAUGUCAGGUAUGGGUUCGAAGGGGUCAUCCUCUCCAUCUACGGCUUAGACCGGGAAGAUCUGCACUGUGACAUCGACGAGACGUGCCACUUCCAGAAGUCAGAGGCCAUCCUGCGGGAGCUGGACGUGGAAAAUGCCAAGCUCUACCUGGACUUCAUCGUACUCGGGAUUUUCUUCAUCUCCCUCCGCCUCAUUGCCUAUUUUGUCCUCAGGGUGAAGUGGAGUAGGUGAGGAUUCUGCAGUCGACGCCCCAGGAUGGCUUUGCUCAGCCCUCCCCUGUAGACUGGAGGAAAGCCUACUGCCAAGGGAGGAGAGGAUGCAUCUGUCCUAGGCACAGCCGGCCUCGCUCUUCCAGGUUCAGCAAGGGUCCCUGGUUGGGCAUUUUCCUCGUAACCUUUGGCAGCAUUGGCUCAAAUGCCGUUGUUUACCUUCCCAGAUAUUUCCCCGCUGCUUUUUGUGUUAAAGUAGUUUGGUAAAAUGCCUUAUUCCAAUGACCUAAGAUAACAUCAAGCAACUCACUGGUUUACUUUUCUAACUAGCUGUGGUUAAGAGGCACACGGCAAUGUGCUAUCUUUCACAUGUUGGACGUUCAACCCAGACCAACUCCCCAAAUCUAAUUUGUUUCAGUAAUUUCUGAAUGCAUUGACCCAGAUAUUCCUUUUGUCUCUGAUUGAGUUUCUUCCGUUAGAAGGAAGGAUUAAACCUUGGAUAAAGGAUUGGCAGCCGCCCCAGUGGUUAGCAGAGGUGAAAAUGGAGGUUUCAGUGAACCUGCUGGGGCCUUUUGCCUUUAUCCUCAUCCAGAGCAUUUUGUGCCUCUCUUUCUUCUCCUCUGGCUGAAUAUCCACUGGAGACUGAAUUCUCCAAAACUCCCUGUGUGGGUGAAGUGGGAAGCUGUCCCCAGGAAGGGGAGUAACUGUGCAAAGUUUUAUGCAGUCGGUGCUAGAAUUGGAUUACAUCACCUGGGGGAGGCGCCUUCAGGACCAGGAAAUGGUACAUGGAGCUUUGAGGUGAAAACUCAUCUUAGAAACCCAUAAAAAGUUAUUCCCCCAGCCUGACAUCAGGGACAGACCACACCCAUGGGGCAGAAACCAGGCUUGGUUGUUGCAGUGGGAAGAGAAGGCACGACUCUGGUGCACCGAGCACCUUUCCUCGUGGCUGUUUCCAGGCACUAGGCUGGAUGUCCUCGGAACCCCCUGUCCCCUGCCCACUCCUCAAACCCUUACCCACCCCUCUCGCCUGGUGCUGUCCCAGGCCCUGGGGGUGAGGGGGAGGGGACUCCAACGUGGGCUUGCCCUCCAGUGUGGUGGGAGGGAACCGCGUGUCCACUUGGCUUAGCCGUGUUCAUGGUGCAGAUGUGGAACGCGGAGGUGAGGAGAGGCUCCGUGACGUCCCCAGGGCCCCAGAACGAGGAAGGAGCAGAGUUGGGAUUCCAGCCCAGUUGGACCCUGAAGUCCCUGUUUUGUUUACUGCCGCCUGUUCAUGGCAUAUGAAUGUAUCUGAGAUGCUUUGUAAGGCAUAAAGUGCAAUACUAGCUUAGUGGCUGUUCGUUCAGUGAUUCCUUCUGUCACCAAACAGAUGGCUGAGAUGAGAGGGCAACCCAAGCCUAACGCCCUUCAGUGGCCUUGCGUCAGAGUGCUCAUGACAGGUACCUCUCCAUGGAGAGGGGCUGUCCUCUGCCCUUGCCUGCUCCUCCUAUUGCAACAAUCCUGUGGACUAGCUCAGGCUCUAGAGGGGCUGGUGUGUGUGUGUGUGUGUGUGUGUGUAUGGUGUGUAUGUGUCUACCUACACACAAGCACAUGUGCACACAUGCACACAUGCAUGCAAGCAUACGCACACACAUACAUGCACACACAUGCACAUGGACACACAUACAUGCACAUGCAUGCAUAUGGACACACAUACAUGCAGGUGUGCAGACUUGGCUCCGGGCGUGUGUCUGAUCGUAUUAUUCUAUGAUAUUUCCCUCAUCUCCAUACAAUACCAGCUUCUGAAUCCUCAAUCAGCCUUUACAGCAAGAAGAAAAGAAAAACCUCUCUCAUUCCAGGUCUGUGGUGCAGAUGGGAAAAGUGUAGUCAAAACCCAUUAAGGCUUUAGUCAAAUGCCAGCCGAAUGAGAACACAAUGAACGUUAGACAAAACAACCCAACUGGGCAGGCGGGGGAGGUGCAGAGUGUAUAAAGUUAGAUACUUUUAAGGAAUAAAGACUCUAAUAAAAUAUUUUAUAUAAAACUUUUUACCUGUGUUCAGCAUCAGAUGCUUCAAGUGAUUGGCUUUGCAUUCUCCUAAGUCGAUGGAUUCUUAGGCUGCGUCUAGAAUGCGUUUGUUGUCCCUCUGGGAAGAGCACUGAUUUGUCACUCAUGUUCUGGUCCAAGACGUGGCUGUAGAUGAGCCCUUUCUCGAUGAUGCUCAUGUAUUAUGUUGAAUUGUCUUAAAGUUUUGUGUUUUCUGUUCUCCCAGAAUCCUCACCCAUGUCCUCCUGCCUCGUGGCAUUGGCCAUGACCUCGAAAUGUGCCUGGAGGAGGCUCGCGGCAGGGCUAGCAGGAGGGCACUGGGCCACAUCUCCCCUUUGGUCCUCUCCACCCUUGCAGGGGGUCCCUCAACCCGGGCUCUGGGGCAGUAGCUGGGGCAGGGCGACGUCGUUUCUUCCUUACUCUGCUUUGCUGGAAACCCAUCUCCCAGGCUCAGCUCUGUAGAGGCAGCUGCUAGUGGGGAAAGCGGCCCCUCUCGAGGGUUUGGUCCCAAAGUUGAGGUGAGCAGGGCCUAGCAGUUGCUCGGUGUUAUGUGCUGCAUUAGCCCAUGGCUCCCCGAGCUCCAGCCAGGCAGUGACCCUCAGAGUGAGGACUUCCCGGGACAGCAGCGGCUUAGAACCGGGCUUUCAAAUCCAGCUUCCCUCCCACCUCUGGGACACAGAGCAGAGAGCCAGGCUGGGUGAGGUCACAGAAUCGACCUGCAGUGGCCCCUGCACUCCUCCUAUGGCGGGCAGGCACAAUCGGAGGCUGCCCCAGGCGUGCACACAAGCUCGCGACGCACACUUUGCUUCCCCCUCGCCUCGGUAAGCCCAGCCUCUCUGGACUGCCCGGCCGCCCUGAGUCCCAGUAAUGUUAAAGUCACGAUCCUUUCCGAGCCACUGUGCCUGGGCUGUCCCGUCAGGGAGAUUCCUCCAAAAUCAUCGCCCCCUGCAAAGACACGGGCUUCUGAUGUCCACGUGUGGGGUGACCUUUUUGGGGAGCCUCCCUGGGACCAGAAGCAGGGAAGAAGUAAGAGACCCUGCACCCCCAUGGCACAGUCUAAUUUUCACUUACAAGCUCCAUUCAGGCUGUCCUUAAAAUCCACGUGUCCUGGGCAGGAAGGAAAUGUGGGCACAGGCACACACGCACAUCCUUCUGCUGUGCUGGCCUAAAGUUCCUAAAAGCUAUCCUACAUCCUGCCCGUUUGCUUUUUCCAUAUUUGAGGAAACAGAAGGGUUCAGCCUUAGCCCAGUUUUUUAUGUUAUCUCUGAACAGGCCAACCGAAAUCACCUCUCACACAGACACGUGUGGCCUGCCCCAGUGUGCCCGAGGCCCACCCAGGAACCCUGCUUUGCUUGGGGUUUAUGUGAAUGACACACAUGUGAGCAGAGGCUGGGGUUAGGACACUGAGGCUUCCCUGUUCUCAGAAACAGUCUCGUGGCAUCAAAAGGAGAAAAUUGUCCACGCCACUGGCUACCACAUUCCAGCCUGGCAAGGGGUUACUGUUUAUAGAGGCACCGUUUGGGGGCUUUCCCAUGUAGAAUGGCCAUUGUAAAGCUGAAGAGAAAGGAACAGAAGCACAAAAGCACCUUCAUUCUUCACAAACACAGGCAGAGGCUGCCGGCUGGAUGAGGGCUCUGCGUUUUGAGGGCGUGCUGGACCCGCUGGCAGAGCCAACCCUGAGGGGCUUCUCUGCAGCUGUGGGCUAAGCUUGCCCGAGCCCCUCCCCUUUUCCAGAAGGCCACCCCCAUGGCCACCUGCCUUUCAGGUCCAGGUUGAGGACACAGCCACGGGCACAUAUGUGUUUAUUUUACUGGAGUUCAUGGUUUUGGGGACAGUCUUCUAGCCCCCGAGAUCUCGGGAAAGGCAUGAGCUCAAGCCACAUACCCAAAAAGUAGCAAAACUCAAAAUUAUUACUUUCAGCUGUUUUCUCUCAAUAGUGCGCCACCAUCGUCUGUGUGUCUGCACUGAACAAACAUACGAGAGAAUCUGGCUGAUCACUUUGAGUGCCUUUGGCCGAAACUUUGCACAUGACUUUAAACGUGGGCCUGAUACUGCACACAGUAAGAAAUGCUUUUUAUUUUAUGGUCCCUGAGGUUACGAGAUCAGAUCUCUGGAAAUGUGUCAGCCACCUGCUGUUACCUCUGACCCAUGUGGUCCAUUACCAUGAGGGCUGGUGAGUGGGGCAGAGAUGCUGAGGCCUGGCUGGCGAGCCCCCGAGCAGUGAGGCAGGACCCUCCCUGGUGGCCUGUGUGGGGGCCAGUCUUCUAGUCCCCCAGACAAAUCUCCCUUUAAGGAGGCUUCUGAAGCUCUGAGUGCCGGCGCUCAGCAUUAAUUUGACUCUUCACUGCUCACUGCACCUGCCUACGAGCUUCUAGAAAACAGCUUGCCCAGUGAGAGUGCUGCAGCUGAGGCAGCAGCAGACAUGUCCGUCUCUGGGGAAGUUACCCAAACAAUCGUGCCUCUUAGGGGGGCCCUAAUGGGCCCCCUCCUGCGGGUUGAAAUGCAUCUGGCUUUGAAGGGGAAGGUUAGGAAAUUAUGAAGUACGUGGGUUUAGGGUUGACAACCCCAUAUCCAUGGACUCCUGGAGAUCUCUGAACGUCACCUAAUCUGAAUGGUACCACAGUUUGGUUUAUCUGAAAAUAUAGUAGUAACCAUGGCAGUGAUUUCAUUUUUACACCUUUGCAUUUUUACAUGUCUGUCAUUGUGCAUCUUGGGGUCUCUUUUCCAUGACCUACCAGCUUCCUAAGCUUAAUAAUCAGUAUCUCACUAUUAUGUCAUUGGCCAACUAAAAACAGUAGCAAAACAUCCUAUGAUCCAAAUUGCUAAUAAAAUAGGCCACCACACCCACACACUGGGGACUUCCCAUUUUUAUAGUCUUAUCCUCCCACCUGGAGGGUGUGAAUGGGGAUCAGUUUUUCAAUAGAACAUGUAUGUCUGGUAAGUUAAUAUGUGUAGCUGACCCCUUUGCCUUUGUUUUUAUAUAUUUGUGUUUUUCUUUUGUAGACAUAUUGAUGCAAUACCUGUUCAUAGUUGAAUCUGUUACAAAUUGUUACCUUUUAUUUGAUGAAGAACUAUUUAAAGAUUUUCCUUUGUUAUUCUAAAGCAAAAGUCAGUGCAAGUAACUCUAAUCAGCGUGCAAACGUGUACAUACAUCUGUAUAUCUGCUAUGUAAUUAUAUAAUGUUUUUAUAAUGCUGUGUGGAUAACUUUUCACUGAUUUAGUUACUUGACUGUAGGAAACACUGUUGCUUUGCACGCUGUGAGAGGUUUGCACUGUUACAGAUGAAGGCAACAUAUUUACAUAUGUACAUGUAUAUACAUAUAUAUAAAUUCAAAAAUAACAUCGGC